AUGCAAAUUAUCUCAGAAAACCUGUUCUUGCUCCUUUGCUUGAUCUCAUCAACAUGUUUCCUUGUCUUCAUCACCGUAAGAUUCCUACGGAUCUCUACCCGUUCCGCCAUGCUGCCUCCUGGACCUUCACGCUUACCGAUCAUAGGUAACAUUCACCAAGUCGGAAAACUCCCACACCGUUCAUUCGCAGACCUCUCGAGAAAAUAUGGACCAAUCAUGCAUCUCAAGUUUGGACGUUUAAACACAGUGAUCGUAACUUCACCAGAAGCUGCAAGAGAGGUUCUAAAAACACACGAUCAAACCUUGUCUGGUCGUGACCCUCCUAACUCGAUCCGGUCCAUCAAUCACGACAAGGUUUCCGUUGGAUGGCUUCAUCCAUCGUCGCCCCGUUGGAGACUAUUGAGAAAGCUAUUGGUGACUCACAUGUUCUCGCCACAACGUAUUGAAGCCACUAAAGCUCUGCGGCUGGAAAAGGUGCAAGAUCUCGUGAGCUACAUAGAUGAAAGCAGCGAGAGAGAAGAAGCGGUUCAUAUUUCUCGUGCAUCUUUCACCACAACUCUUAAUAUCAUAUCGAACAUUCUAUUCUCGGUUGAUCUCGCCAGCUACGGCUCGGAAAAAUCCAACGAAUUUCGUGACUCAGUUAUUGUAGGCAUGGAAGCUGCUGGGAGCCCAGACCUUUCUAACUUCUUCCCGUGUCUUAGGUUUCUUGAUCUGCAGGGUAAUACAAAGAAGAUGAAGUUCUCUACAGAUAACUUGUUGAAGGUUUUCCGAGGGUUCAUCGAUACUAAAACUUUGGAAAAAUCAUUGGGGAAUAACCCAAAAGAUGCUUCCAACAGCGAUUUUUUGGAUGCGCUUCUUGAUGAAGCAGAACUCGACAAUACAGAUAUUGAACACCUUCUCUUGGAUAUGUUUACAGCAGGCACGGAGACAAGCUCUAGUACCCUAGAAUGGGCAAUGACAGAGUUACUUACUAACCCUAAAACGAUGGAGAAAGCUCAGGCCGAGAUAGAACAUAUGAUAGAAAAAAACGGGUUUGUUCGAGAGCCUGAUACCUCAGAAAUACCUUAUUUACAAGCUGUUGUGAAAGAAACUUUCCGUUUGCACCCAACUAUUCCUCUUCUCCUCCCAAGGAAAGCUGAGACCGAUGUAGAGGUUUUAGGAUACGUUGUGCCUAAAGAUGCUCAGGUCUUGGUGAACCUAUGGGCCAUAGGAAGAGACCCAAACGUGUGGGAGAACCCAACUCGGUUCGAGCCAGAAAGGUUUUUGGGGAAAGAGACUGAUGUGAAAGGUAGAGAUUUUGAGCUUACACCGUUUGGGGCGGGACGAAGAAUUUGUCCAGGAUUGCCUUUGGCUGUGAAGACAGUAUCUCUUAUGCUUGUUUCUCUUCUUUACUCCUUUGACUGGAAGCUUCCAAACGCCUUCGACAUGGAUGAAACUUUUGGUAUUACUUUGCGCAAGGCCAACCCGUUACAUGCAGUUCCAGUUAAAAAGAACCGCCACUAUACGUUCUUGCUCUUUUGCUUGAUCGCAUCAUGUUUCCUUGUCUUCAUCACCGCAAGAUUCCGGCGAGUCUCUUGCCUAACCGCCACGCUGCCUCCUGGACCUCCACGAUUACCGUUCAUCGGAAAUAUUCACCAAGUUGGUAAGAACCCACACCGCUCAUUCGCCGACCUCUCAAAAACUUAUGGACCAGUAAUGAGCCUUAAACUUGGAUCUUUAAAGUCCGUGAUCAUAUCUUCACCAGAAGCUGCAAGAGAGGUUUUAAGAACACACGACCAAAUAUUGUCUAGCCGUAAGUCUACUGACUCGAUACGGUCCUUUGGUCACCAUGAAGUUUCAGUCAUCUGGCUUCCUCCUUCUGCUCGUUGGAGGAUGUUGAGGAAAUUGUCGAUAACUCAGCUGUUUUCACCGCAGCGUAUGGAAGCCACGAAAGGUCUGCGAAUGAAGAAGGUGCAAGAGCUUGUGAGCUUCAUGAAUGAGCGUAGUGAGAAAGAAGACGCUGUUGAUAUUUCUCGUGCAUCUUUCACCACAGUUCUCAAUAUCAUAUCGAACAUUCUAUUUUCAGUAGAUCUAGGUAGCUACGACGUGACAAGCAAAUCCAAUAGAUUUCGGGACACAGUUAUUGCUGCAAUGGAAGCUGCUGGGAAACCAGACACAGCUAAUUACUUUCCGUUUCUGGGGUUUCUUGAUCUGCAAGGUAAUAGGAAAAAUAUGAAGACGUGCACGGAGAGAUUGUUUAGGGUUUUCCGUGGGUUCAUUGAUGCUAAAAUGACGGAAAAAUCAUUGACUAACUAUAAAGAUGUCUCAGACAGCGACUUCCUAGAUGCACUUCUUGUCCUCAUGGAAGGAGAUGAAACAGAGCUUGACAAUAACGAUAUCGAACACCUUCUAUUGGACAUGUUUGCAGCAGGCACGGAUACAAGCUCUAGUACCUUAGAGUGGGCAAUGGCAGAGUUACUAAACAACCCUAAAUCACUAGCCAGAGCUCAGGCCGAGAUUGAUUGUGUGAUAGGCCAAAACGGUAUCGUUCAAGAGUCUGAUAUCUCAUACUUGCCGUAUUUACAAGCAGUUGUGAAAGAAACUUUUCGAUUACAUCCUGCUGCUCCAUUUCUCGUCCCACGUAAAGCUGAAGCUGACGUGAAGGUUCUUGGGUUCAUGGUGCCGAAAGACGCUCAAGUUCUGGUGAAUGUGUGGGCCAUAGGGCGAGAUCCAGCAGUAUGGGAGAAUCCGAAUCGGUUCGAGCCAGAGAGGUUUUUGGGUAAAGAGACUGAUGUGAAAGGUAGAGACUAUGAGUUAACACCAUUUGGGGCCGGGCGAAGAAUCUGUCCAGGGUUGCCUUUGGCUGUGGUGACUGUGUCACUCAUGCUUGCUUCACUUCUUUAUUUCUUUGAUUGGAAGCUUCCAAAUGGUGUUGCUUUUGAAGAUUUGGACAUGGACGAGACAUUUGGUAUUACAUUACACAAGACCAACAUGUUACAUGCCGUUCCUGUCAAGAAACGCACACAUAAAUAA